AUGCACGGGCAUUACGAUAUGGUCGAAUCCUUGAUUGAGAAAGGUGCAGACCCAAACUUGGACUGGCAGUUCUCCACUCGGGAUUACGCGGAAUGGUUUUUCUAUAGCACAAUAGGUUUCGUUCUACAUUUCGAGCACGUUGAAAUUGUGAAACUUCUGCUGGCAAAGGGGGCUUUGGACCUAUAA